AUGGAGAAACACGAGGGUAAUACCGCCUCGCGGCCAAAAAUUGAUCGCAAAAGAAUCCAAAUGAGCCUGGAGCGCUCCAUUGAGGCGCACAGGCUCCGUAUGUUGAAGGCGAGAACAUCAAAACGUGAUAUGCCGGGAUCGCUAUGUGAGUGCAUAAACUGCGAUGCAACCAGCAUGAAGCCCUCUAUGACGUGCCGUAAAGCGGGUAGGCAGAAGCAGCAAAAGGAGAUAAAUCGGGAGAGGGUUGGCGGCUUUAUACAUGAUGUUUCGAAAGCAUCAUCGCCAGCAAAUGCGCAGCCGUCUCGCAGGCAACCCCGUUACAACGCAAGUACUCGCACACGAAACGUCGCCACUCCCAAGGCGAACGCGCACGUGCCAGGGUCGAAAAAGUCACCCAGGAAGCAAGCUCCCGAAGAGGUACCAAAUGUAGUUGAGACGCCACAUGAAAAGGGUGGAGAUGCGUAUGAUGGUUCUAUUGCCCCUAGCACUGCUGGCGAACUUGUAGUCAAUGAAGCUAACGUAGAACAAAAGGAAACUGAAAUCGUGUCAAGCGCAAGGCAGUCUGCCGUGCUGCCUACUAACGCUUGUGAAUCUUCGACCACGCUGCGAGAGUCUGCUCGGCAGGAAUGCCAGGGUGAUAGUUCACGAACGAAUGAAAACAGCGAUUCACUAUUGAACAGAAUUGCACGACGUAUAGGGAGUAUCAGAAUUGUCGACUCCAUGGGAGAGGAACACCGUUUAGACACCGACGAAUUGGAAAACAAAAUUUUGGACGUGGUUGACAAGAUUGUAAACGAUAAGAUUGUCGGUAAAAACGCUGAGGAGACGGUGGUUCAGAAAGACGACGUAGAGGCGCAGAAGACGGAUGAACCUGUUAACGUGUCUUACACCCCCGUUGACCACUGCAGUCCUAAGAACGAUAUGAUGAACAUGUCUAACGUCGAAUCGGAAGAUACGGCGCUGUCACCUAAGCGGGGCGAAUUCAUCGUUGAUGAGCCAACGGAUAGUGUGCCCAUGAACAAAUAUAAGAAUGUGGUGGAUGUAUUAUUGGAUUACAUUUCGUGUGGUGUUGCACAGAAACCAAAGACAACACCGGAUGUUCUGAAACAGGAAUCCUAUGUUCUCGCAGGCCCAGAGUCGGCUUGCACUAAUAAGGUAGUAUCGAAGACAACUGACUAUGUAUAUUCAACUGUGGAAAAACCGGGUCUCUUUAGCAGCGUGUUCACGCGCGGGGAAACUACCAAGAGGUCCAACAUGUGUUGCAACGGUGGGGGGGGAAGAUAUGCGUCCAUGGAGCCUCCCUCUCUUGGUGUGAACGACGCUGUGAGCACCGGAGGGGUUUUGGGGUUUGUCAAGUCGAAUCACAUGGCAUUCAGAAAAGACGCUGUGAAUAUCGCGCCGAGCAGACAAGUGUCACAGGCGAGCAGCAUCAGGAACGACGCACCCCUUAUGAACGGGGCGCCAAACCGGAAUCAUUGUGUCCCAUACGCCAACCACGCAAAUAUGAUGAUCAACGGACACAACCCAUACCAUUUCCAAUACAACCAACCGCAGUUUCCGUGCAACCAAAACUCGGUUUUCCUUCCACAGUGGCCUGCCGCGCAAAGCUUCCAGAACCCGUGCCAUCUGAUAAGACCGGCGCCGAAAAUGACGGACAGGCAGUUUACUGCACCGCAACGAGGACAGGCGCUGGUACGCCGCAACGUCACGGCCGUUCCGGGAUUCAAUGCCGUCAAAAACUCUCAGCGCACACCUGGAUCGAUGCCAAACGCCGCCGGUGUGCCGUUCGCGUCUUAUGCUGGGACGCAUCGGUCCGCCAUGGCUAACCGUUCGUACAUGCCUUUCGGUAAUGUGCCGUCGCCCAUGAUGGCAGUACCGAGGCAAGCCACCGGAGUUCUGUACCGCAGAAACACCGGUAGAGCGCACGAGCAACAGGUCCAAGCUGCGAUGAUCUGA